AUGGUUCAUCUCUAUUAUUGGCUGGCAGCAUCUCUCGCCGUGUCGGCCUCAAAUCUACGGUUCAUCAACAGAAGUCGCCCUCAACUCAUUCCGCCUCCAAGCGAUGAUCCGUUCUAUGCCGUGCCUGGAAAUAUAGACACAUUUUCUCCCGGCGACAUAAUAAAGCAUAGAGAACCGCCCUCGCGGAUAUCCCUUUAUGGAUGGACUCCCACCCAUGUGCAGAAAGCCUACCAGAUUCUAUAUCGGACAACAGAUAGUCAAAACAAUCCUACUGCGGCUGUCUUGACGGCUCUUAUACCUCCCGACGCUGACUACGAAAAGCUGGUAUCCUUACAAAUGGCUGAGGAUUCUGCUACGAUUGAUUGCAGCCCAUCCUAUACGAUGCUCGCUUCUGCACAAGAGAAUCCAUUGCUCGCUUCCAAUAUCACUCAGCUUCAGUUAUUAUUCGCAGAGGCAGCGCUGGCUCAGAAGUGGAUCGUCAUCGUUCCAGACCACGAGGGGCUUAAAGGAUCAUUUACGGCAAACAAAAUGACAGGCCACGCAAUUCUCGAUGGCAUUCGAGCUGCGUUGCAGUCAAAUUCCAUGACGGGAAUUGAACCAAGCCCAAAGAUAGGGCUUUGGGGUUACUCUGGAGGAGGAGCCGCCACUCAAGUAGCCGUAAUGAUGCAAGAAGGUUAUGCUCCCGAAUUGGAGAUUGCCGGCGCCGCCAUGGGAGGACUCUCGAGCUUGGGAAAUGCGAGUGACAUCUUUAGCAUCAACAAGGGGCCGAGUGCGGCACUCAUACCACCGGCGUUGCUGGGAUUGGCCAGUCAGCAUCUGGAACUGCGGAAAUACAUUGACCAGUCUCUGAAACCUGAGUUUCGGGAGUAUUUCUACAGCCCGCUGCAUCAGUGUCUGCAGGCGAGCACAUCGAUGUUUGCGUACCAAGAUAUUCUGGGCAUGUUUCGCAAUGAGUCGAUACCGGGAUUGAUGGCAGAGCUUGAAAAAGCAUGGGAGGAAGAGACUCAACAGGAGAUAACCAAGAUUAAAGCUCCGUUAUACGUGUAUCAGAGUGUCGUUGAUCACCUCUCCAACAUUGAAGUCAUAGACGCUUUGGUGCGAUACUACUGCGACCAUGGUGUCAACGUACAUUACGAGAGAGCCAGCUCGCCAAAUUUGGACCACGUCAAGUAUGGGAUUGUUGGGAUUUCGGGAGUGGUGUCGUGGUUGCGGGAUCAGCUUGAUGGGAAGGAUGCUUACCUUGGUUGCUUGAAUCAUACGGAUACGACUUCAACGUUGGAUCCGAAUAUUGCUGCUUUGUAUCCUAGGAAUAUUUCUGAUGCCUUAUAUGGAAUUGUCAGCGUUUAG